UCCCCGCGGGCUGCCAGCACAUCAGCCUUACCCACCCGCGCAUCACUUCAUCGUCGCCAACCCACUUAUUUCCAACUUUCUUCCCGUGAUAUGACGAAAGUGUUGCUUCACCAGGUUUGAACUGUUGAACAUCUUCAUCUCGCCCCUUGAGUUGACGCACAUGCCAAAAGAAGCUCCAGUUUUAAUAAUACGACACAGCAACGGCUUCCCUGCUCCCCUGUCGAUCGCACUAUCGAUACCCAGGGGUGCUCCUUUCGGGCUGGCCUUGGUGGUGGCUUACCAUGCAUGCGUCAUAGCCCUUUUUCAGGAGACAAAGGCCUGCGCGGUGCCGUUAGCGAAAUUGAAAUGGGAUUGGCGCCGUCAGGUUGCCGUGUUUUGGGGAUAGGGUGGGCUAAGACGCGUGGUCGCGCGGUGGCUUGCGGGUGCUUGGCCGGCAAGUUCGCUCUGUGGGUAGUGCCGUGGGUGUUUGGCUAGUUGGUAGUUGCGCGUGUUUGUGUGGUUACUGUGGUG